AAAUACGCGCGUGACCACUAAAGCCAAAACCUCUUCUCUUUCUCUAACUCUCUUUCCUCGUUAUAACCAAGCAAAAGAAACUCAAUCUUCAAUCCAAGAAAAACCCUCAUGGAGGUACCGGUGAUUAACAGAAUUAGCGACUUUGACGUGAAGAUAAACUCGAUGAACGACCCGUCGUUAUUACCUCGACCGUUUGCCGUCUCCGGCGUUGGAAAGUUACAUCAUGCUUAUUGUUUCUUGAAAUUGGGCGCUUUAUUGCUACUUUCAUUUUUCGCUUCAUUCACCAUUACUAGAAUCAAAAGGUUAGUCCUUAGGUUAAGAAAAGUAGACGCGUCUCUACCUUCCCAAUCUCUUGUCUAUGAUUACGACAGCGACUCCGACUCAUCUUAUUCCUCAGACUCCUCAGACGAUGGAGAAGACGAGGAUGACAAAGAAGACGACUCGGUCAAUGGAGAUUCACGCGUUAAAAGAUUUAGUUAUUACGAGGACAAUGACGACAAGGGUAUAGAUGGAAAUGUACCCUGGCUGCGUCGGUGCAGUAGUAGCUUCGGCGACUUGUUGUCGUGGCCUGAUCUUGGUGGGUUCAGCUCAAGUGGAGUCGUAAAGCUAUGGGACAAUCUUGAUCUAAAAGGAAGUCAUGAUGCUGUGGCUUCUUUCUUCAACAAGUACGGAGUUUCCUCGUCCUUGUCUCCGGCUGUUUUAUUAGCGGCGGAGAAAAAAGGAUCCGACACCGUGGAAGUGAGUGCGUGGGAUGCACGCGAAGGUUUCAGAAUGCCAGCUUUGCUCGCGGAAUGGAGACAGCCGGGGAGGUUGCUAGGGAAGAUCGUAAGGGUCAACGCCGGUGGCGUUGACAAGAUCUACGUUGAGGAUGACGCCAACGGGGAGAUAACGGUGGGAGACAUGAGGAUGGUUAACGGUGCGAUGACGGAACUGACUGAGUCAGACGUUGUUACGAUGGUGAGACGCCGUCGGUGAGGCUGAUGAUUCUCGUUGGGAGUUGUAUUAAUGACAAAUGAUUGGUACGGUCCGGUCUAGUAUACACCAAAUUAAGAUUCAAAGUAAACUGUAAAUGACCUCAAGAUUUUUUUGUAAAUAUUUUGCUAUCAUGUAUGUAGAUUUUAUUUCAAUAAUGUUAUUUUAGUGUAAAAA